CAUUCACGUCGCUUCCGUAGUGGAGUGAAAGAUCAGUGAAACACUUGUAACUGCUUAUAAGGCGGUAAUAACGCGGGACUGGUCUGGGUUCAGCUUUCAUCUGUUUAUCUGUCUUAAUUGAAUUGGAUAAUGAGGUCAGACAGCAGCUGGUCUGGUGAUGAGGAUCAGUCCUCUAAGUUAAUGAGGAAGGCAAAAGAGUCUCCGUUUGUCCCUAUAGGAAUGGCGGGUUUCCUCGGAGUUGUAGCUUACGGAUUGUACAGGCUGAAAUCUCGUGGAGAGAUGAAAAUGUCUGUCCAUCUGAUUCACAUGCGUGUCAGAGCUCAGGGCUUUGUGGUUGGCGCCAUGACACUCGGUGUAAUAUACUCAAUGUAUAAGGAAUAUCUGGCUCCUGAUGAGAAGUGACACAUUCGAGCUGCUCCAUGUUCACACUGUGUUUACAGUGUAAUAAACACUGAAGAAUCAACUGUAGAUUUAUUUUAAUAAAAAGUAAAUAAUAAUUAUCACACACAAACGUACAGUAUGUAUGUAUACACAAUACAGGUACAUUCUAGACAUCACAUCACAUUCUUUUAUCAGUGGCACUUCCAGAAGUAUUAAAGGUGAAAAUGGCUUUGGGGUUUGAGAGGUUUAAUUAAAAAUGUAUUUUUUAUGUAUUUAUUUUACAAGAAAUGUAAUGAAAUGUGACUUCACUCAUAUUUCAGUGUGUGAUCAUUAACUGUCACUCACACACACACACACACCCUCACUCACCGUCAUUCACACACACACACACUCACCCUUAUUCACUCACCCACCUUUUUUUUACCCAUUUUUUUCAAGGGUGCCAAUAAUUCUGUUGACUAAAAUGAAUCUGAUUCCUUUCUGCAGCAUUCAGUGCUGUGUUUAUGUUCGUGUAGUGAAGUGUGUGAAACAGACGUGAUUUAAGGUGCUUUAUUUUUUUUUUUAUUUUAAGUUGCUCGGCAUUUGUAAGGUUUUUUCUGAGAUUAUAUCAACUUUAAUCUUUAACACAAAAGUUCAGUCAUCAGAGAAUCUGUUAAAAUUAUUUUAUUGCACUUUAACAAAGAUUUUAAGGAGCAGCUGAUUAUUUAUUGUAAAUUUGAGUCACUGAUGUGAUUGUGAUUGUGAUGAGACAAUAACUCAGUUAUGGAGAUUAAAAUAAUAAACAUCUGAUAAAUAUA